UAGUAUUGAAAACAGUGUUUAAACAUAUCAAAAAAUAUAAAUAUAAGUAUCGCGAGUUCGUUCAUAGUUGGAACUGCAUUAGUUAGUCUUGUAUUGUAUUCUAUGCAAAAAUGGCUCCAGAUGUGGCAGUGAAUGAAGAUUUGGUUAGAGAAAGAAAAAAGUGUAAUUUCAAUAUAGAAGAGCUUACUUAUGUUAUAGACGGAGGAAGAGAAAGGACUGAGGAGAGAAGACAUAUAGAAAGCAUUGCAUUUAAGGAAGAACAUCUAGAAGUGGUAAAUAAAGGCCCUCCAGAUGAAUGCCUAAGCUUAAAGGAACGAUACGAGAGAGCGAUCGAGAAGUCCUGCCUAUACGCAGUCUUGUUCAAGAACUUCCUCGCGGCAGGCGAUGUAGAUAUUGUAACUAUUGGGACAUCUUUUCUCCGGAGGACAGCAGACGCCUACCUAAACGAGCAGUCCCCAUUCGCUGUUCACUUGGGGAUGUUCGUGACAACCAUCCUGGGCCAGGGCACGCCGGAUCAGAUGGCAGAGUGGCUGCCGAGCGCUUUGGAUAUGCAGAUCGUUGGCACGUAUGCUCAGACUGAGUUGGGCCACGGCACCUUCAUCCGAGGGCUAGAGACGACGGCAACCUAUAAUCCUGAGACGGAGGAGUUCGUGUUGCAUACGCCCACGCUCUCUGCUCACAAGUGGUGGCCGGGCGGACUGGGAAAAACAGCCAACCACGCCGUCGUCAUAGCCCAGCUGUACACCAAGGGCGAGUGCCACGGAACCCACCCCUUCAUAGUCCAGAUUCGGGACAGGGAGACCCAUAUGCCUCUACCUGGUAUCAGUGUGGGAGAGAUCGGGCCAAGGAUGGGGUAUAUCAAUGCUGACAAUGGAUUCCUAGGAUUUGACCACGUCAGGAUACCUAGGGAGAAUAUGUUGAUGAAGAAUGCACAGGUCUUGAAGGAUGGAACAUACGUGAAGAAGUCCCACAAGAAGAUGACGUACGGAACGAUGGUGUUCAUCCGUGUGAUCCUGGUCAACGACGCAGCGUUCAACCUGGCCAAGGCUGUCACUAUAGCCGUACGCUACUCCGCUGUGAGGAGGCAAUGUCAGCCCAACCCGGAUGCUCCGGAACCUCAGAUCCUAGACUACAUAACGCAGCAGCAUAAGUUGUUCAUUGGCAUAGCCACAGCACAUGCACUGCAACUCACUAGUGCUUGGUUGUGGACUACCUUUGCUGCCGUGCAGGCCGACAUGAUAGAGGGAAAUGUGGAUAAUUUGCCAGAGCUCCAUGCUUUAUCCAGCUGCCUGAAAGCCCUCAGCACAUCAGACUCCCUGACCCUCAUAGAGCAAUGUCGCUUUGCAUGUGGUGGUCACGGAUACAUGCUGUCCUCUCGUCUGCCAACUCUGUACGGCUAUGUGGCGGGUAUCCGGACCAAUGAGGGAGACUAUACUAUCUUGAUGCUGCAGUGUGCAAGGUUUUUAGUAAAGGCCUUUGAGCAGACAAAGGCAGGGAACUCUGUAUCACCCACCGUCUCGUACUUAUCUCAAACGGCUUCAGUGAAUAACUGGGAUCCUUCAUUAGAAGGCAUUGUAUCAUCGUUCCAACGACUUGCUAAAGGCAAGAUAUCUGCGGCUGUGACGAGCAUUCGAAGAAGAGUGAAGAGUGGGAUGAGCUACGAAGACGCUUGGCAGCUCUCGACGGUCCAGUUAGUGACUACAGCCGAGGCUCACUGCCGUGCCGUCAUCUGCAGCACCUACUGGAGUGAAACACAACGGCUGACAGCAGCGUCGUCGGCAAACGUCAGGACCGUCAUGUAUCAGCUGGCUUCUCUCUAUAUCACUUACUGGGCUUUAGAGAGGACUGGAGACUUGUUGAGGUAUUGCGGCAUCAGCGAAAACGACAUCGUAAGCCUGCAAGAACGGUAUGAAGAGUUACUAGCCCUCAUCAGACCGAAUGCCGUUGGACUUGUCGACGCCUUUGAUAUCAGGGAUGAGAUCCUGCAAUCAACUCUUGGCGCAUACGACGGCCGCGUGUACGAGCGGCUUAUGGCAGAUGCUCGGAAGACACCCCUCAACGCCGAGCCGGUCAACAAGAGCUUCUACACGCAUUUCAAACCCUUCAUGCAGGGCAAACUGUGAGACUUGAACUGUGAUUGUGACGUCAUUAAAGUUUUGGUUGUGA